AUAUUCGAUUGAUCUAUUUUAUGAGCGAUAACUGUAAAAAAAUGUAAUUUUGCGACGAUACAUACUGAUAUUGUUGUGUCAUAAAUAUGCGCAGUGUUUGUACAAUAAUAAAUUAUUAUUACUUCAUCGGUGAUAAUUUGCGAUAGAUGCAUAUAGCUAGGAUACGAACCGAAGAAAUCUGUACGUUACCGGCAAAAUUUUCUCUUCAAAAGGUUUCAAAAAUGUAUAUGCAGAUGGCGCGUAGUUAUGUCAUAUGAUCGAUGUCAAAAUCGCGCGCUUGGUAACGCCUAUAUAACCUCUUUGUACUGCUUUGUACUUGAUAACGAUACCGGAAUCGAUGUUGCAGACGAAUUUCCGUAAACGUGGGUACCCGAACUACCUGGGUAGACGUGAACGCUAACCAUAACCGCUAACCACCGCUAACGGUACUGACGACAAGUGUCUGCAUUCAAUAGCAUCUGGGUAUCGGUUAACAGCAGACGCUUGCUGUUAAAGAGACACCGCGGCUGAAUAUGCCGUAUAGCGAGGGGUACAUCAAAGACAAAGUGAUCGAGGGAUUAAAGGCUUCACACGUGGAACCCCCUCUCGAAAUUCUUGCCGAUUAGUUUCGAUUCGAGGGAGUAGCUAUUCGGAGCGACCGCCUCGUGUUCGACGGAGAAAUGCAGGGAAAGCUGCAGCUCGCUUUGAUCACCUCCUUUGCCGUUCUCUUGAGAUGCUGCAUUACUUACCAUUCCCACAGUGGGGAGGGCAAGCCCCCUAUGUACGGCGACUACGAGGCCCAACGGCACUGGCAGGAGGUCACGUUGAACCUGCCCCUCGACGAGUGGUAUAUCAAUUCCACGGACAAUGAUUUGCAGUACUGGGGUUUAGAUUAUCCGCCCUUGACGGCGUACCACAGCCUCCUGUUGGGUCACAUUGCGAACAGGAUAGAUCCCUCCUUCGUGAAGCUGCGAGAGUCCAGGGGAUUCGAGAGCGCGGCGCACAAGCACUUCAUGAGACUGACCGUCCUAGUCGCAGAUCUCCUGAUCUACUUGCCGGCGAUCGUAUACUUUAUGAUCAAUUUGCGCUCGUGGAGCAGAUCUCAGCUCGACGAGUCCAACUUGUUCAGGUUUACGAGGAGGAACGUUGCUGUUCUGACAGCGCUGAUCUAUCCGGGACUGAUACUAAUAGAUCACGGACAUUUUCAGUACAAUUGCGUGUCGUUGGGUUUCUUCGUCGCCGCCGUAGCUGCUAUAGCGCAAGAUUCAUUCGUCAUCGGCUCGAUUCUGUUUGUCCUAGCGCUCAACUACAAGCAAAUGGAACUGUAUCACGCUUUACCAUUUUUCUUCUAUAUACUCGGGCGUCACACACCCGGCAAGACAAGAUCCUGGCCCCGCUGUAUUCGCACGCUGAUAUGCGUGUCCCUCGCGGUACUGCUGACAUUCGGCGUUAUCUGGAUGCCGUUUUUCAGGAGCAGAGAUUUAUUUUUCAGCGCGGUGCUCAGAUUAUUUCCCUUUUCCCGGGGUGUGUUCGAGGACAAAGUCGCCAACGUCUGGUGCGCGGUCAAUGUCGUCUACAAAUUGCGACAGAUUUUCACGAACGCGCAACUGGCCAAGAUUUGUUUAAUAACGACAACGUGCGCGGUUCUACCGAGUUGCGUCAGCUUAUAUUUGUCGCCCACGAGAAGCGCGUUUGUACUCUCGCUAAUAAACUCCGCCCUGGCGUUCUUCCUCUUCUCAUUUCAAGUUCACGAGAAGUCCAUUCUGUUAGUCGCUGUUCCGGUCUUGCUGCACUUUCACAAUGAUCCACUCCCUUGUUUCUGGUUCCUGAUCAUCUCGCACUUCAGUAUGCUACCAUUAUUUAUUAAGGAUGGUCUGUAUCUUGCUUAUCUCGGCACAAUGAUUUUUUAUUUUUGUUCCGUUCUUUGGAUGUGGCCCGAUCUAUUUUUUAACGGUAGAACAAAUAGCUCGUUAAAUAAGGCUAAAUCAAAAUCGAAAGGAGGAGUAAAACAACAUAAGAAAAGUAAGCUUUUCCCAGAUUUGUUAAACUAUAGUAAGUAUAAAAAGUCUUUUUUCCUUGUCGAGUUUUAUGAAUCUAUUUCAUGUGCGUUGCUUCUCUCUAUUGUCAUUCAAAUUGUCAAGCCUCCUGAAAGAUAUCCGGAUCUAUUUCCGCUUUUAGUAUCGAUAUAUUCAUGCGGACACUUCCUAGGUUUUUUUAUAUAUUUCAAUUACGUCCAAUUAUUUGUAUUAAGGAAAGAGACCGUUGCAAGUAAAGUCAAGUCGCAUUAAAUGAUGCAGCUAUUAAAAACAGAGAAUGUACAAAUUGUUACAGUUGUAAAUAAUAAAUAAAUAAUAACAAAUAAAUCUCUAAAAAAUA